CAGAGCUGGGGCGCCGACCCCCACCUCCCAGGCCUGUCACAGAGGGGCACGUUCAGAAGAAUUAGGAAAAAGGAGACAGGAAAACCAUAGGAAAGGGUCACAGGGUGAAGCUGGUUAGGAAGGCGCAUCUUGCGCGUGGCCAGUGCCUGCUGGCAGGGCCCUGACUAUGCAAUCCGCAGCACGAGGAAGCCACAUGGGCCGGGCCGGGCAGGGCCCAUCCUGGUCUCAGACCUGCGGACUGUGUCUGAGAGGUUAAGAAGCCGGGCGGGGCCAGGGAUCGAAAGAUACAGGCAGCGCAGAGCCCUUACCAGUCGUUCAUAAAACACAUUUAUUGACGAUUUCUCGUGCUGAGCCCUAGGAAUCCAGAAAUUACAGUGAAGAGACUAGAACAGCCUCUUUAGAAAAAUUAAGCCUGCCCCCAAGCAGACUCCAUAAAGUCGUUCUACCUGGGCCCGAGCCACCCUCGGUGCCAACCAGUGGGACCCGAUUCCCUGACAGCCAUGCUCUUCAGCCCUCUAGUCUGCACAGGCCAGGCACAGUGACAGGCGCCCCCCUCCCCCCAAGGAUGGGGGCUGUCCUGGCUCUGACCCUGGUAUCAGGUGGCCGGGCUGGCGGGAAGCCGGGGGGUCAGGAGAGGAGGGGGCGGCACGGUUGUUGGGCUCCUCACUGUACUGAGGUUUCCCUAGCUGACUGCAAGGGGCAGCGGACAAUCAGCGCAUUGUCACCAGGGCCGCAGCAUGGAGCAGACGGGCUGCCGUGAGGAGAGCCCCGGGCCCGGCCAGGUGAAGGCCAAGCCGUGUCCCGGGGGCUGGAAGGGCCCCGGCCUGCUGCUGCUGCUGGCACUGGCCGCCGCGGGGGCCAUAGCCGGAGGACUUCUCGGCCUCGCUCACAGCCCUCCAGAGCCUCUGCUGCAGAUGCUCCGUCUGACCCUCCCGAGUCCCAGGGCACCCUGGUCCAACCAAACCGCCCAGGUGGAUGCGGCCCGGAACGUGGCGACCAUCCGGGUGACCCCGGCUCAGAGCAACCGCAGCUGGGCAGUGCUGUUCGAUGGGCAGAGCGUGAGUGGGCAGGGGUGGGACCAGCACCCGUGGAUGUUCAGGUGGCCCUGCCUCACCCACCUGCCUCCCCAGGGCUGCGUCUGUUACCGCCCCUCGGAACACCGGGCCUGCUUCCUCCGCCUGAUGGAACCCCAAGAUCGCGAGACCCUAGAGCUGCUGGUGAACAGCUCAAGGGCCGGAGGCUCCCACGGCCCCAGCCAGGACACCCGCUACGCCCGGGAGCUGCUGGCAGUACUUGGGGACCGUGAGGUGGACCCGGCCCAGGUGGGGGAGUCGGUGCGGCAACUUUGCACGAAGACCCCGAUUUACUGGGCCCGCCGAGCAGAGGGACCGCGGAGGCAGCGGCUCAUCUACCUGUGCAUCGACAUCUGCUUCCCCAGCAACAUCUGCGUGUCGGUCUGCUUUUAUUACCUCCCAGACUAAGUUUGAGGUCCGGCCCGGCCCCAGGCCAGCCAGCUGGCCGUCCCCGCCGUCAGUCACACCGAAGGUGGCUGCCAGCGGGGCCAAUAAACCCUCCACCUGGCUGUAACAGUG